GGAUGGUAUAGGUACGAAAGUACACACAUUUUGCGAACAAUAGUGUUUAUAUUUAUAAAGUAUAUGUUUUCUAUAUUUUAUAAUAAAUGAAAAUUAUACAUUAUUUUUAAAUUUAUAAAAUGUAAUUAAUCAUAUAAUAUUAAAUAAAAACAACAAAAUGAAUUUAAUAACUGCUUUAAAGUUUUAUGUUACUCGAAUGACAGAAGAAAGUGGUCCUGGUAUGAAAGUUCUUUUGAUGGAUAAGCAGACUACAAGUAUAGUAAGUUUACUUUAUAGUCAAUCAGAAAUAUUCCUCAAAGAAGUUUAUUUAUUUGAAAGAAUUGAUACAAAUGUUCGUAAUGAAGGAUUAAAACAUUUGAAAUGUAUAGUUUUUAUAAGACCAACCAAAGAAAAUGUUGAAUAUCUUUGUAAUGAAUUAAAAUAUCCUAAGUAUGGAACAUAUUAUAUUUAUUUCAGUAAUAUCAUUGCAAAAGCUGAUAUUAAGCUUUUGGCAGAAAGUGAUGAACAAGAAGUAGUAAGAGAAAUUCAUGAAUAUUAUGCAGAUUAUUUAGCAAUUAGUCCUCAUUUAUUUUCAUUUGGAAUUAAUGCAUGUUCACAAGGUUUGUUAUGGAAUCCAAUACAUCUACAUAGAACUGUCUUAGGCUUAAUUUCAGUAUUAUUGUCAAUUAAAAGAUGCCCCUAUAUACGAUAUCAAAACAGUUCUGAAAUGGCAAAAAGAUUAGCAGAAAAAAUUCGUGAAGUACUAAGUAAAGAAUCAAAUUCAUUUGAAUUCAGACAAGAUUCCACACCAGUUUUAUUAAUACUUGAUAGAAGAGAUGACCCUGUUACACCUUUAUUAAAUCAAUGGACUUACCAAGCAAUGGUUCAUGAAUUAUUAACUAUUAACAAUAAUCGUGUUAAUUUAUCACAUGUAAAAGGUAUUUCAAAGGAAUUAAAAGAAGUUGUUCUUAGUGCAGAACAUGAUGAAUUUUAUGCAAAUAAUUUAUAUCUGAACUUUGGAGAAAUUGGACAAACUAUAAAAGAACUGAUGGAUGAAUUUCAAAAAAAAGCCAAGAAACAUCAAAAAGUAGAAAGUAUAGCUGAUAUGAAAAAUUUUGUAGAAACCUAUCCAUUAUUUAAAAAGUUAUCAGGCACUGUUUCAAAACAUGUUACGGUAGUUGGAGAACUUUCUUCACUUGUUGAAAGACAUCAUUUGCUGCAAGUAUCAGAAUUAGAACAAGAACUUAGUUGUCAAAGUGACCAUUCUAUGCAGUUGCAAAAAAUAAAGGAACUUAUUAAUAAUCAACAAAUACGAGAUAUUGAUGCUGUAAGAUUAGUCAUGCUUUAUGCACUUCAUUACGAAAAAUAUACAAAUAAUGAUAUUAAUGGUUUAUUGAAUUUAUUAAAGAGCAGAGCUGUUUCAGAAAAAUAUAUUAAGCUUAUAUAUAGCAUAUUAGAGUAUAGUGGAAUUAAUGCAAGACAGAGUAAUUUAUUUGAUCGAGAAUCAGUAGCUAAGAUUACUAAAAAAUUAUUCAAAGGUUUAAGUGGAGUAGAUAAUAUUUAUACCCAACAUACUCCCUUAUUAAAUGAAACUCUCGAAGACUUAAUAAAAGGAAAAUUAAGUUUACAAACAUUUCCAUAUCUUGGAAAUACAGUGAUGUCAAAAAGACCACAAGAUAUUAUUGUUUUUAUGAUUGGAGGAACAACAUAUGAAGAAAGUUUAACUGUUUAUAAUUUAAAUAAACAAAAUCCUGGAAUAAAAAUUAUUUUAGGUGGUACUAUUAUCCAUAAUUCUGCAAGCUUUCUUGAGGAAAUUCAACAAGCUACAUCAGGCAUUUUAUUAAAAUACAAAAUUAAUAACAAUUGA